AUGCAGUCCCCUUGCUGCUGCUUGCUCUCCCUCCUCCUCUACCUCGUCCUCCUCUCUGGGACAUGGGCAGACCUGGAGGGGACCUUCACUCUCCGGCUGCUCCAGACCUCCACCUUCCAGAACACCUCAUUUGUGGACAUGGAGGGGCUGGCUCUGCUAGAAGACAUCAAACUUGGUUCUCUUGAUAAACGCACAUGGUCCAUCCACUUCUGCCAGCCCUGGGUGCACUCAGCCCUGCCACGAGCUCACUGGGACACCACUGAAAACCUGGUUAAGGUCUAUUUGCAGGAGUUCAAGCAUUUGGUCAAUGAAAGGGCCAUGCAAAGGGAUGUCCCCUACCCCUUUGUGAUUCAGUGCAUGGGAGGCUGCAUACUGUACCCCAACAGAACCUCCCAGGCCUUUGCCUACGUGGGAUACAAUGGUCAGGAUUUCCUCAGCUUUGACACAAAUAAUCCCACCUGGACUUUCUCCCAGAACACCACGUUGUCACAGCAUGUCAAGGCAUUUCUUCAGAACUACACUGCUGUGAGGGACAUAGUGGAAAUGAUCCUCAAUGAUACUUGUGUCGAUGACAUGAAGAUGUUCCUGCAGUAUGGGAGGGCAGCUCUGGAGAGACAAGAGCUGCCUGUGGCCACGGUCUUCGCCCGCGGCCCCAGCCUAGGCCAGCUGCUGCUCGUUUGCCACGUCACUGGCUUCUACCCGCGUCCCAUCAGCGUGGCCUGGCUGCGGGAUGGCCAGGAGGUGCCUCCGGGGCCGGCGCUCAACACCAGCCCCAUCCUGCCCAACGCUGACCUCACCUACCAGCUCCGCAGCAUCCUGGCCGUGGCCCCCCGGGACGGGCACAGCUACGUCUGCCGUGUGCGCCACCACAGCCUGGGCACCCGCAGCCUCCUCAUCCCAUGGGGUAGGUGUCACCCUCGGGGAGGAGAUGGGGGUCCUGAGCCACCCUGCCCCACACGAUGGAGCAAAACCCAGAAAGUUCAUGGCAGCUCCUCCUUAUGU